AUGGCAGACGCGACGGUUACUGCCUCACAGUUACCCACGGAUACAACAACAGCCAUCCCAAACGAGGCUAUCCCUACGACACAAAACGCAACACCAGUCAACACCGCAACACUAGUUAACACAGCAACUAUAGCGUCGUCUUCUUUUCCCGCAGUUACAGCGUCAGAUAAUCCAGCAUUAAUAUCACCGAGCUCGACAUUCACACUGACAACAUCGUACCGACCAGCGACAACGACCAGCAGCAAUCCUUUCGACAACUUCCCACCGUUCUUCACGAACACAGAUGGACGACCACCCUUUGCGACUGGUUCUGCGCCUCCCUUCUUUUUCCAUGACCAGUCAAACGGACUGAGUACAGGUGCGAAGGCAGGUAUUGGCGUCGGCGUCGCCGCCCUAGCUUUAUCUAUAAUAGCAGUGGCCCUGCUCAUACUUAGGAUGCGGAAAAAGGAGCAAAUGUGGGCUGCCACUACUGCACCUCCGCCGACUUACGAAGAAUCCAACGCCUCGGGCCCUCCUGUCAUGGAGAUGCGAUCAAAGCCCGCCGCAAAGUAUGUGCCAUCGCAGCUAGCCACCAGUCCCGCAGAGUCAUCCAGCAGCUCGCCCGUCAUGGCGCCGGUGACGGCGCGAAGUGCUCAACGAAAAUCUAAGGCCAGCGCGAGGCCUAGAAGAAAUAGCAACUUGGCUCCUGUCUCGGAGGAAGAGCCGGAAUCUCGUGGAGCAAAUCUCUCUUUGGUCAACGAGGAUAAAGAUGACGCCUCGACAACUGCACCGCCAACCCCGCGAACCCCACGAACGAUGGCUCUGCAUGCUUUGACAGGCGAGACUGCCAUGCCAUCACCAAUAGACGCAUCUUUCAGCCUCGAGCCUGUACCAUCGCUACCUGGUGACAAGGCAUCUCCAAUCAGAUCAGAAUUUGGGAAGAACCCGAAAGGUGUGAGAUGA